GAGUUUUCGCGGCAAGGGAAACGAGUAACAUGCGAUUUAUCCGCGAUUUAUGCGAUCAAUAUUGACUUUGAAACACUGUCAUACUAAGAUCUCGAUUGAUUCCCUCUUUCAAAAACCGAUUAUUCUCCUUUUCCAUCACUGGAAAGUAUCCGAUCUCUCCAAUUUGAAGGGAAAUGGUUUUUUUCAAACGCGUAUGAGAGGCUGCGGUUGAUUCGCUAGGGUUACUGUUGUGGCUGUGGAUCUGAGGAUGAAGUUUGGGGAGACCUUUACUGAGUAUCUUCAUGGAGAGCAAGAGCGGUUCCUGGUUAAAUGCUCACAUGUGGAGUAUAAGCGCCUUAAGCAAGUGUUGAAGAGCUGCAAGAGUUGCCGGGCUCUGCAAGAUUCUUCUAGUAAUGAAGAAUCACAUGUAGAUGGGAGUGACGCAGUGGCCCCGCUUUGCCAAUGCGAAUCUUGCUCAUUGUGUGAUCAGAUGUUCUUUUCUGAAUUGAUGAAAGAGUCUUCAGAGAUUUCUGGGUUUUUGAGUUCUAGAGUUAGACGCCUCCUCCACCUUGACCUCUCAAAAGGAUUGCAAAAAUACGUGUUACGUCUGUCUCAUUGCUUUGGAAAUGAUCAACAUGCCAUGGAUCAAGAAGUUAGGAUGCUGAUUAAUUAUGUCAUAAUGAAUGCACUUGCUAUACGAAAAAUCCUUAAGAAAUAUGAUAAGGUACAUAGCUCUAAAAAUGGUAGAAACUUUAAAACUAAACUCCAAGCUGAACACAUAGAGCUUCUACAAUCACCUUGGCUAAUUGAAUUGGGUGCAUUUUACAUCAAUUCCAAUGGAUCUGUUGGUGGAGAUUCCAUUGAGAAUUCCCAUCAGUUCUCUUUUGAUUUUUCUUCAGCUCAGCCCGUCCUGACAUUGGUGCUUCCCAAUUCCAUGAAGAUAGAAUAUAAUUUGAUUUGUGCUAUUUGCUUGGAUAUUGUUUUUAAUCCUUAUGCUUUGAGUUGUGGCCAUCUCUUUUGUAAAGCUUGUGCUUGCUCUGCAGCUUCUGUUUUGAUAUUUGAAGGACUUAAAUCUGCACCUCCAAAAUCAAAGUGCCCUAUUUGUAGAGAGGUUGGAGUAUAUCGUAACUCUGUUCACAUGAUGGAACUUGAUUUGCUCCUGAAAAACAGGUGCAAGGAGUACUGGAAAGAGAGGCUGCAUGAAGAACGGGCUGAGAUGGUCAAGCAAUCUAAAGAGUACUGGGAAUCACAAUCCAAGUUAUUCAUGGGAUUCGGGAAUUGACAACGGUAGCUGUCUUUGGGUACAUAAUCUGGAUCAAGUAGUCUGUUGGUACAGAAGCUGCUUACUUCCAGCUUGGAGAAAGGGAAACAGAUUUGAAUUUUUUUUUGCUGAAUGUCUGGUACUUAUGGUUGGUCAAGCUAGUAACUAUUUUUACAUAAUUUUUUCUUGGCAGUGGGGCUUUGAUUAACAAAUUACCUUAGUUGGCCUUUCUUCAUCCCACCAAUUGCCCCCAACUGGUGCUGCUGUCAAGUUCCAGCGGAAGCAUAACUUUCUGAUUCUCCUUUCCAGGUUGAUAUAUAUCCUUCAUGUAUAUCAAUGGGAUGUUACACACUUCAUAUUUUUCUUUUCCUUGCUAGUUGUCAUAGCAAGGGAAAGAAAACAUUAUGGCUAAUUUUUUAAUGUGACAAGUGUUCAAGUGUGUUUAUCAAAUCAAUAUUUGAAUCGUUUGUACUUUA